AUGUCAAGCAUGUCUACCGAUCGCCCCGCAGCCGGAGAAGACACUGUCACCGAGGAUAGUUUGCAAGUAUGGAGCUGUGUUACAUGUCGGCGACGAAAGGUCAAAUGCGACAGAAGAAAUCCUUGCUCUAAUUGCGCCAGGAACCGAAGCGAAUGCCACUUCCCAGUCACUGGCCGUCUUCCACGUCGACGAGAUCCCACGACUUGGAAGUCGCCAACUGAGAAGCAAGCUGAACUGCUAAAUCGGCUUAGGCGACUCGAAUCACUUGUUACAGAGCUCGCAGCACAAGUGGAAGACGGUCCCAACAAAGUCCAAUCAAUACUCCCGGGCCUAUUACCCAGUGUCGCAGGUGCUCCUCGUUCUUCAGAAACAGAAACAGUCAAUUCUAGGAUUGGAAAAGGAGAAUUACCAAAUCACGAAUCGCCCAUGCAUUUUGGAGAAUUGAUUUCUGCUAUGAAAUCGCACUUUGAAGGAGAGGCAAACGAAGACUUUGGUCGACUGGUCGUUGGAAACGAGGCUGGCUUACAAAUCGGAAAGGGUUUCUGGUCCGUUUUUUGUAGCGAAGUCGAGCAUAUUUUUGAAGCGAUUCAAGAUGUGGCUUCAACAGUAUCCACUUCAGACCAUGAGCGCAUCUCAUCUGGCAGUCAAAUUACCUCGCACAACAUGCACCCCGACUUUUAUUUUGGGAACACCUACACAGAGCCAUUCACCCAAAAUCUCGAUGAUCUAUACCCUUUACCAUCGCAAAUGCUCUUCAUAUGGCGGACAUACGUAGAGAAUGUCGAUCCAUUUAUCAAGGUUAUUGACGUUGCAGCUCUGGACGAGAUUUGUGCUUGGCAUCAAUCACGUCUUUGGGCGAGGAAGAAGCUCUGA